AAGGUUGCUAAUAAAAUAUUCUUAAAUGAUAUUAAACUAGUACAAAAAUACUUACUUGCCAGAUAAAAUACAAAUAUCCGCUGUACACAACAAAUUUUGCACUAAAAUUGAACAGCUUUUUUGCGCCCAUUUCAGCUGCAGACUGUUUUCAAUAUUCUGCAGUCUGUUUGGUUGCAUACUCUUAUCUCUUCUGAUAGUAAAGAUACGAAUAAACCCUUUUCGGUCAAGGGGUAAAGUAGCCGGUUUACGGUAUCGUCAGUUGUUCCUACAAUUGACGCCUUUAUGGCCUCCUUAUUUUUCAUAGUUUUGUACUGAUCCGUGUCUGCGCUCUAUUUUGAGGUUAUCUUACAGAUAUCUAUUUCCAUCAAAUUGUUCACGCCUUUGAUUUAUAUCAUCUGAUACGUCAGCCCGAAAUUUUCUACAAUUCAAUAAGAACUCAACCUCACAGUAUGAGAGCUCUAAAGCUGAUACGGAACAGUGGAAAUCUAGAAAUACCCCAGCCUUUCUGAAGUAGAGAAAAGACAAUCAAAAUCAAGCGAGCCAUAGAGGCAUCCUACAAUAUUGUAGGAACGACUGACGAUACGGCUCUUAAGAAUGUGAGUUGUGGGAAGUAAAGCGGAGUAGACCUUACACUUUUCUUAGAUACAUUACACGGAUUCUUCAUUCUGUAAGCUUUAUUGAUAGUUUCUGAUCAUUCUUAUUCUUUCACCGAGCCCUGUUUUUCUCCACCACUGGUUCUACUCGGCCGUUCAACAUUUUACCAUUCCUCCUCACCUCUUUCACGUCAGUGAUUGUCCAGCACAUUGCUUCUUCGGCAGUCGGCCAUCACUUGCCGUACCAAGAAGAAGAAUAAAGAAGAAAGGAAGAAGUGAUGGCUUGUCGCGAACGCAAGUGGCUCCCCGUGGUGCUUUUGGCCGUGGCAUUGGCCUCGAAGGUCGAGUCUGCCCCUAGCAAGGGCAGCAAGGGGCCAAAGACAACUUCUGCUGGGACGGUGUUUGACCAGAAACAGACGGGGGAUUACAACAUCCAGUUGCAUCUGAAGGAUUUUCAGAUCAUCGCGCUGUUGGCUGAUGAUUCUGCCGGGUUUGGGGACUACGAUUACGCCUACGAUUAUUCCGACUACACCCCAUCAUCGUCAUCUCAAAAACCAUCCACGGAUGCACCUUUACUACCCCCUAAACCACCUUCUUCAUCGCAAUCUCCUACCUUUGUUUCAACUUCAUCACCAUCCAUUAUUUCCUCAACUCAUCAGCCUCCUCUGAAACCUAUACAUACAGAUACACCAUCUUCUUCAAAACCAAUUAACUCGAUAGAAUCUUCUUCCGAAGCUCCUAUCCAAAUUCAAACCAAUGAAGCACAGUCGUCCAAACCAUCCAUUCUGACUGGAACCUCCUCAGACCCUUUACAAUCUAGUGAGAAUCAAAAUCAGCUUGUGACGGAACAAGGUGUCCCUUCCAAGAAUGAAGAGUCAAGUUUGAAUGAAAUACAAAAUAAGCCGGCUACUCAAAGGACUUCGGAUGAGCUGAGCUUCGGACCAGGAAAAAUCAAAGUUCAAAUAAUCGAGACACCUGUAGCGGACCAAGCAAUUAGCAUAAUACCUGGUGAAGAAGAACAACCAUCAUCUGUUGACUCUGACAGUACAAAUGAGUCUGUACCUCAAGGAGAUAUGGUACAUAUACGUAAGUGUGCCCAAGGAUAUACUAGGGACAAGAAGGGGAGGUGCAGGAGACUCAGGAAGCCUAUCCAGCCUCAUCUAACAUUUGGUCUAGGCAGACUAGCAAGCAACCUUGCUUCUAGGUUUAGACAUCCCUCGUACGAUGGAUCAUCAUCAGAAUCAACGGAAGACUGAGUUACGUUUAUAUAAAAUUUACAAGUAUUUAGGCAAUUGCUCAAUGUGUUAUUUUUAUUUAUUUAUUAUUUUUUCUUUAAGAAAAGCACUACAGAUUGUUGAAUGCUGCCUGUUUAUAUGCCAUAAGUGACCUGAGUUUUAGAUGUGGAGACGAAUCUUUAGAUUAGUUAAAUAUAGAAACUGCGCAUUAUCAGUUUUAACAGCCAGUGUUAAAAAUAGAAAUAAAAUAUUUUGUACCACCUUA